GAUUAGGAGACGCGCGUUGGCGGAAGCAAAGAGUCGACAACGUCUGUGACGACUUGGCAGUGGAACUGAAUUAGGCAUUGCAGUGUUGGGGCUUAGCCAACGCCAACGUUUCCUUAGCUUGGGCAUCUCUCAAGCCGGUAGACAAAUUUUACUAGCGUUGCUUUCGCCCAUCCAAUAUGUUGCGAUCCUUCAAACUGGCCUCCACUCUGCUCCUCCUAUCUUGGCUUGACAUAGCAAAGGCAGACGAUUCGUGGGAGUGUGCCUUUACCCUCGAUUCUAAGCAUCACUAUGACCUUAAGUCACUAUCGGGGGAGAGGAAAAUACAGAAAACUUGGCUGUCGCCUCCCACUAAAAACACGGACACACUGCGCUUCGACCUUUGCCAACCAAUAAAAGAAGACACCAGCGUACCUGAAGACGACAGAUGUCCCUCGAGUACGUAUGCUUGCUGGACCACCGCAAAUGAGAAAUCUGGAAAGACCAGAAUUACACAAGUUAUCUCGUUGGCUCGUUCGCCAUCUCUGAGUCCGGAGUACAAACGCUUGUCGGAUUCUGAGAUCUCCGUGACACUUCAUGGAGACUCAUGGCCAGAACCGACCUCACCACGAGAGCGCUUUGUCGUCACCCUGCAGUGUUCAUCGAGUGACGAGGACCCAGAACUAGGGAUCCAUACAGAAAACGCGACAGAAGUACACUGGAAAGUGAAAGCUGCCUGUGCAGAGGAGUCGAAACCACCCCCACCCGACACCAAACAUCCCGAUGAAGAUAGCAGAAAGACAUCAGAAGGAAGCAGUCUAGGAUGGUUCUUUUUCCUACUUCUGUUCUGUUUCGCCACGUAUCUUGGGCUUGGGGCGUAUUACAAUUACAAUAACUAUGGCGCUUCUGGUUGGGAUCUGGUACCGCAUCGGGAUUUCUGGCGUGACGUUCCACACUUGCUAUCUGACCUUCUGAGAGGAAUCCUGUCUGGCGUCAGGGGAAACAAUAGGGUAGGGAACCGAAGCGGGUAUGUCAGCGUUUAGAUCGAUCGAUGCCUUGGUCCGAGUCCCAGGUUUGAAAUCGCAUUAUUGUUUAUUAUACUUGCCUCAAUCGUAGUCGAUUAAUAGUCAAAUAAUUUGUGCACCUUCUAGGCGCUUUCAGGAUUAUAGCCCUGCUCCUUCAUAUCAUCGGGACACGCAAAAAGUUUACAUUGAAAUUUAGACAUUAAUAUAUACAUUGGGC